AUGAAUAGGAGAGAUUUGGAGGGAUAUGGCCAAGCACAGGCACAUGGGACUGUGGUCAGUGUGGACUGGUUGGACCGAAGGGUCUGUUUCCAAGCUUUAUGAUGAAGGAUAUCCUAACGUGUUACAAUGCAAUUACGCACUUCUAAGCAAACCCCACUGUGAUUCGAAACAUGGCAGACCACUUACAUACAGUAAGAUACCACAAAUGGGCUAAUGUUUUUGUGUGUUGCUUUUUGAAUAGUGUAGUGGGAUUGGUUUACUCCAUCAGAAGGAGCAAACCAGCAUAGUGCAGGUCACUCAUUUGUAAAUCUAUAUUCUGUACUUGUGAUCCAGAUAGAUGUGCAAGUUUGACUCGGACCUCGUCUCAUAUAUCUACACUUGCUGAUAAAGGAACCUGAUCCACACCCCUCUUAAAUGUUUUAGAAUUUAAACUUAUCCUUGAUUGGCAACUUCUGAAGAAGUUGAACUUCAUAUUGCUUCUGAUAUUUUGUUUCCAUUGUGCUAGUAGUGUCUUGUGUUUUCGGUUUUAGUUAUGCUUAAAUAUUUAUUUGGGCAACUGGAACAUUUAAGAGAAGAAAUCCUGCUCAAAAUUCAAAGUACGAAAUGUUAACUAUGACAUUGUGGGGUUAAGUCCCACUCUAGACUGAUAAUCCAAGGCAGGACUGUAGGAAUGAUGUCUUGCGAUGUUAAACUAUCUUAGGUGAAUGUAAGAAAAAUCAACAGCAUUCUCUUCAGCAUUAUUACUUAUCACUCAAUCAAGGUAUGACUUUCAUACUACAGAUUGUGGGAUUUUGCUGUGUGCAACUUCACUGCCACAUGUCCUACUUACUGUACAACAGUGACUUCAGUUCAAAAUUACUUUAUUGCUUGUGACGUUCUUUAGGUCACCUUAAAAUCAUGGAAGAAAUUAAAUAAACACAAUUAUUUUCAUUUAUUUAUUUAUUUUCAUUUCUCCUACCUCAUUUGAUAACUGUAUUGCUUGGUCUGAUAUGUCCAGUGUCUGACUUCUGCUCAAAUCAUGAAUUUCUGCUAUCGACCAUUGACAGUUGGCUGCAGCAUUCCAUGGCUAGCAAAGAAUACAAUCAACUGGACCCCUUAGUCAUGGUAACUACCCAAUAGUCCUAUUGUAAAACUUAAAGCAGUUCAGGGCAGGCUUGAGGCUGAUGCCCAGAUUAGAUAGUUUGCUAAAGGUACCCAGGUUCACACGUGGAAAUUAAUGCAAUUUAAUGGAAGGUUUAUUGAUUGGUUAUUCAUAGAUGCCUUCACAACUAAAUCGUUUGAUUCCAAAAAAAUUCUCCCCUUGACUUUCAAGCAGGACCAAAUAUAGUCACUUUACAUUCAUGGCAUUCUCAUUUCUGAAUAUCCCCCUCACUGACCCAGAAACCUAACUGGACUAGACUAGCAAUAUAAAUACAGCAAGAAGCUGGGAAUUCUGCAGUGAGUAGUCUCAUCAUCUGAUUUUUCCAUCAUCUACAGAAUCCAGAGUGCGAUGGAAUACUAACAGCUUGCCUAGAUGAACACUGCUCCAACAAUACUCAAGAAACUCAACACCAUCCAGUAUGGAACAACUUAUUUGAUUGAUUCCACACUCACCACAUUUAUUCUGGAUCAUCGAUACACAGUGACAGCAGUGUGUAUCAUCUACUAGACACACUGCAGCAAACACAUAAAGCUUUUUUUGGUAGCACCUUCUAAAUCCAUUAACUCUCACAUUUAGAAGGAGCACCACUGCUUGCGAGUUCCCAUGCAGCAGCACAGUAUCUUGAUGUGAACUAUUCUUUCAGUGUUGCUGGGUCAAAACCUGAAAUAUUGUGGGUUUACUUCUAACACAGCAACUGCAGCAAUUCAAAAAGCUAAUUCACCACCACUUUUUCAAGGGCAAGUCGGGGUUGACAAUAAAUGCUGACCUUGCCAGUGAUGUUUGUAGCACAUUAAAGCAUUGAAAAGGAAAUCAAGUGUGAUAGUGGAGUUACAUGUAAACCACACUCUAGAAAGGAGGACCAAUUGGCAGAUUCUCCUCUUAACCCACCAGCAAAUGAAUAUAAUGUAUGUUGAUGGAAGAACAGCAUCACUCAUGGUCAAUUUUCUCAUGUCAACCCAUAAACGAGUACAAUUAUUUAAUUCACAAUUAUUCAUAGCUGAAUUUGAACUUCAGACUUGUGCUCAAUGUUGUAAGGAUUAGAUUAUGCAAUAGCAGUCAGCUUGAGAUUUAUCAUUUUAGACAGCAUCUAUGAUCCCUAACCACUACCCAACCAACAACGAUACUUAGAAAACUGCUCACCUGGGGGAACAUUGGAAGGUAUUGUAGUGGUGGUGGGAGAGAAACUCAGUUAUUGCAAAAGGUGAAACAGUUAAUGCUAGCUUUGACUUUAUAACUUACAGUGGGCUCAAAGCUCUGGCAACACCAGAAUCUACUGUUACACUUUGAUAUCCCUAUCUGAGGUGUACUCUACCCACUUUACAAUUAAUCACUGUAAUAUGAGCUGGAUAUGUUAAUGGCUUUAAAAAAAGUGAGCUUUGUGUUAUCCUGAGUGUAAUUAGACAGGGCUCAAUUCCUACGAACGUCAGAUCUUCCACUGACAAUGAAUUUUAAAAACUAAUCAAUCAGGCUGACUGGUUCUGUCCACACAAACAAAGUGCCUCUCUCACAAGAGAGACGUUUUUCAAAUCUUGGAUGAAACAAAAGCUCGAUUAAGCCUCAGGUUUGAAAUGUCCGGCUCAAAGCAGGAGAGCAGAGGCACAAUCCCACACACAAACUCGCUGAGCAAGUCUCAGGUCAGGAAACUCUUACAGAAAUACAAGAGCGAGCGAGACGAGGCGACCAGGAGAGGGGAGAUCAGCAGAGAUAAGCUGCGGGCGAUCGAGGCGGCGGCCAGGGCACGGAUCCAGGAGCUGAGAGAGAAGGUCAACUCCUUGAACUCGGAGAACAAGAGCCUGAACAAAAGGAUCAGCAAGCUCCAACCCGAGCUGCGGAUAGACGCGAACCCCAGACUGAGAAGCAAGCUGACCAGGGAGGUGCUGAAAGAACUGAAGGAGAGGGCGGAACGCUGCAAACAUCUCCUGCAAGAAAACGCCCGCUUAAAUCAGCAGGCAGAACAACUGGCGGCCGACUUGGUUCAGGCGGAACAUGUUCGGAAGCUUUUGGAAGAUCGCCUGCAAGUAGCGCAGAGUCAACUCAAGAGCUUGGCCAGUGAACAUGACCGAGUGUUAAAACUGUGCGAAGAAGGGAAGGCUGAGAGAGGGCGCGCCCUGCGGCUGAGCCGCCUCCUCAGGGAAUCCCUGCUUCAGAAGCAGCAGCCUCAGCAGACACUGGACCAGUGCAUUCAGACCACCGUCUCCAUCCCCAUUUACAGGCGGUUUCCGAAGAGAAUCCCCCCCCGCGAGGCCACUGCGAGGCAGCCGGAGCUGCACCGGCAGGCGGGGAAGAUGAAGCAGAGGUUUGUGGAUCGGGUGUCGGUGAUUCCGAAAGAAAAUCGGAGCAACACCUCGGCAAAACCAUCAGCAAGCAUCUGCCGAAUGGCGCCAAACUGAGAUGUGGAGGCGCCGGCGUUGGACUGGGGUGGACCAGGUCAAAAGGUCACACGACACCAGGUUAUAGUCCAAACAAGUUCAUGUGAAAAGGCCAGAGUGUGGCGCUGGAAAA